GAGAGAGGGGGAGAGAGAGUGUGUCGCAAAAAGAGAGAGCGUGUGUCACAGGAAGAGAGAAAGAGAGCGUGGAGGCUUCCUCUCUCGCUACGGUUUGCUGGGCUGGGUCUGAUGUUUCAGUGUUUCACCAUCCAGCCCCUAAGCAACGGGGCGCCCUGCAUAUAAGGCCUGAAGUGGGGGGAGACCCCUCCAUACAGAGAGUGAUCCAUCGCAGCAUGAGCAGCACCAGGAGACAGAGAGUGUGGAGUUAAAACAUGCCCAGCCUAAUCAUCACAGAGACACUGACACAAACACAGCACUUCAAUAUGGAGCAGGACGACAGGGGGAGGAACAAGAACCUGGGAAAGAACUUUAUUUGCCGACUGCAAUGCAUGUUCUCACACUCCACAUCUGAGAGCAGGCUAAGUUUAGAAGAUACCCAACAAUGGUCUCAGUCACUGGAGAGACUCCUUGAGUCUAAAUAUGGACUGGCCACCUUCAGAACCUUUCUGAAGUCUGAAUUCAGCGAUGAGAACAUUGAGUUCUGGCUGACGUGUGAGGAGUACAAGAAAAUCAAGUCAUCGUUCAGAAUGUCAUCGAAGGCAAAGAAAAUCUAUGAGCAGUUCAUAAAGGCUGAGGCUCCUAAAGAGAUUAACAUUGACUACUACACAAGGGAGCAGAUCAAGAGUGCUGUGAAGACUCCUAACCUCCAAUGCUUCGACGAUGCCCAGAAGAUUGUCUAUGGGCUGAUGGAGAGAGAUUCGUACCCUCGCUUCCUGCGCUCAGACAUUUACAGAUCCCUCCUGGAGUCCCUCGCCGCUGACGCCGUCAAGGGAUGAUAGGAGAGGAGAAGAUGACAGGAGAACAUGAAAACAGUAACUGGAAUGUUUGGGCUUCUACAGGAUGGAAGGCUGACCCAGCACAGAGAGACUGGCAGGCCAUGCCCUACAAAACAUGGUUCCCACAAUGCAGGACCACACCCUGAAACACUCUGCUAACAGCAUUAGCCAAGAGAAAAAUAAAGAAGCAAAGACAGAAGGAAAAGCAGAGAGGAUAUGGGGAACUCUACGGUGAUGCGUGUUUGACCUGGAUACUGCUGUCCUAUCAGUGACUCUGGGAGUGACGUGUCGUAUCAUAAGUGAUCAGAUCGUCUUUGACAGUGAAUGAAUCACAUAGUGAAUGACGAUUGAACUGAAACACAACGUCAGAGAACCAUGCAGUCCCCACUCAACCGGAGGUGCUUCCUGUCUUGAUAAAGACAGAGAAGAGUGUGUCCGUGUGUGCGCGCGUGUGUGUGUGUGUCUGUGUGCGCGUAACAGGAAGCCUAUGAUACUGUGAUAAGACAUGAGAUGCAGGGUGGACUUUCACUAGAGUACUAACCUACGUGGUCAGGAGGAAUGUAAUGAAGGAAGGAGCAUGUAUUCAGCGGAUACCGGCCAAACAGAAUAUACUCUCCUUUACACUAUGAAUGUUUAGUCUCUAAAAUCAAUCAAGUUUUGUGAAAGGCAUUUUGAUAUUUACACUUGUAAGGCAGUUAAAGACUUCUUUCACUGUCUAUCUUUUAAGAAUGACCUAUUGAGAAGUAUAGGUUAAGUUGUGCAAUUGUAGAGAGAAGAAUAGUCUAUGUCCAACUUUGUAUAUUGAACUUAACUCCUACUUAUUUGAUACAGAAUGUUUCUGAUUGCUUACUGAGCUAGAAUGUUUAUACAUUCAGAUUUGCAUGUUGUACUAUUUAUAACACACAGUCACUGUCUGGAUGCUGACUUUUGCAAUGCUUGUUAAAAAAAAAGUUAUGAUUAUGUAGGAUGACAUUAAAUUAUUUGCAGACAA